UAUGCACAUUGCAGCUUCAUUAUAUUUUGUACAGAGCCAUAGAAGCAAAUAGGUUAAUCCAGUGCGGGAGUACUUACUGGUUUGAGGUUUGCUGUUGGUAAAUACACAAAUGUUAAUUUGAGUUAAAGGGAUAGUUCACCAAAUAAUUUUAAUUCACUCAUCUACUCACCACUAUUCUGAUGGAAGGAUGGUUGAAGUGUUUGAGUUCACAAAACACUUUCUGGGGUAAACAGCAUUGCAGCUAAAUCUAAUAGAAUUGAAGUAAAUAGUGUACGAUUAGUCAAACAUUUAAAAAAAACUGGAAAAUAUUUAAAUUUGACUUGAAACAGUGUCUUAUUAGACCUAAAGAUCCUCUGCUAUCCUCCUCAUAGCAGUUCUCACGAGAACACACACCAAAGGAGCAGAACUGAGGCGUUUUAGUUCUUUUCUACUUUUUUUUUCUUUACAUGUAAAGAAUUGAUUUCUAUUUACUUGAAUUGUAUUGGAUUUGGCCACCACGCUGUUUACAUCUGAAACUCAAACACUUUAUUUAUUUAAUUUAUUUUACACUCUUAUCUGUAACAACAUGCUCCUUGUAUGCACAUAAUGUAAACUGGGGUGUAUAGCAGUUAUUUUGACUCAGGGCUCCAUCCCUUAGCUGAGACCAGAGAAAUAACUAUGGGCCGCCAUUCUGAUUUCUCCAGCUUGUACUGUGAAAAUGGGUCUUUUAUUUUGGUAAAAACCGGAAGUACAUUGUACACAUGCGUAGUAGUUAUCACCAAAGCCAACUCGUUACUUCCUUUGAGCUCUUCCAGCCGCGCACCGGGCGUCAGGAGGAAACAUCUCAGACAAAAUGUUGACUAAAGUCAUCGGUCAGAAGUACGUGUCCAUCGCCAAGUCGUGGAUCCCCACUCUGGCUCUAUGGGGCGGCGUUGGAGGAGUCGCUCUUGUCCACUUCACAGACUGGAGGUUGUUUUUGGAUUAUGUUCCCAUCAUCAACGGCAAAUUCAAAAAGGAAGAGUAAUGGCAGCCAGGGGCAGACCUGCAUAUGGAGAUCACGGGCAGCGAUGGAUGGAAAUUCAACCCAAUUUCUGAUUUUAAUCCUGACUGGCCAUUGCAUGAAAUGACUACAUGCCUCCAUCUGACAGAAAUACUUUCCAGAAACUCUGAAGGACAUAUCACAUAUUGUGGCAUUGUGACAUAUUUAUUUAUGUCAGCGAGCAUAGUUGGGAUUGUAGGGCUGCAUGUUCCUUGUAUUCAUACUUGAUACAAUAAAAAGAGUACCUAUAACAUUUAUUUUAUAAAAAGAUGUGGGAAAUCUGCUGUUUUGUUUAUCUUUCUAAUGUCCAACAUCUAAUCUUUGAGUUUAUUUGAUUGAAAUAAAGGACAUGUCCUUC